AUGGAGGACUCCGAGGUGCUCGACCUGCUGUCGGAGAAUCGAAGCAUGUCACGCACGCUCGAGGACUACGGCAACCAAAAGUCCACGUCCAUCAGCACGGCCCGGCGUCUGGCCGAGUUCCUCGGCGACCAGAUGGUCAAGGACAAGGGCCUUUCCUGUCAGAGCACCCGCCUGGGCCGGAGCGGCCCCCGAAACGAGUCCGGCGGCGACCUCCACAGCCCAGUCUCGUCGCUCCGUCCCCGGGCCGCGGCGGCCGGCAAGCCGCCGAACCCCCAUUUGAGCCACCGGCGGCGAACCUCAAUCGACCGAGGGUUUAUUCGGACCUAG